GGUUCCAUAAAGGUGGACGCUAGAGAUGUGUGUUAGACCGAGAUCAGGGUGUGUGUGUUUGGACCUACAGAAACUGUGGUUUUGGGUCAAAAAAUGGCUGGUUAUUUAUGUUCGGUCGUAGAUCAUUUGAGAAAGGCCUGUUCACUCCCACAGCCCCUUGCUAUUGAUAAAAACAGGUCUGCAGCUUUUCGACGAGACAUCGUUUUGUGUGUAAAACACACUAAUAGUUACCAAUCAUUCCUUUCUUAAAUUAUUGGUUAUUCAUUAUCAUACAACGACACUUGAAACAGCAAUACCUACAGUGAGGAUCCCUCCAUAACAUGAACAGUCCGCAGAAAUAUCAGACCGAUUUGGAGGUGAUUCUGGAAUUUCUUGAGGAGCAUUACAGACAGGAAUCUCGAAGAAAAGCCCUAUGGAACAUGAGGGACCUCUCUGUCAUGUCAACCAGUGAAGAUGUGGACAUUUCUGGAGAGAAGCUAUCUGCCGCAGAACAUUUCAGCAAUGCAUUAGAACAAGAAAAGUCCCAGCUGCAGCCUCCUGCACCUGCAGCUCAGCAGGUCAUGGGAUCUCUGGCAAAAAGAAACGGAUGUGACUCAUAUACGGACUGCAGGAUAAAUUGCAACAGCAAUGCCAUAAUUGAUCAGUCAUUGGUCCUUCACAAUGCACCCAACGGGCAAGUGUUAAAUGCCCCAAACGGACCAGAGAGACCUUUAACUCUGAAUACAACAGCUGAAAAAUGUGCCGAAUCAUUGCCCAGCAUUACACCUGCAGAAAAAGGGAAAAAACUACGUCUUUUCCACUUCCUGUUCGAGAUGCUGGAGGACCCAGGCAUGGCCCACUGUGUGUCCUGGGUGUCGGCUUCAGUAGGUGUCUUCCGCUUUUCUGCCAGGCACAAGGAGCGUGUGGCAGAGCUAUGGGGCCAAAGGAAGGGCAACCGAAUGCCCAUGACCUACCAGAAAAUGUCCCGUGCCCUGCGAAAUUACGCUCACUCUGGGGAGAUCAUUAAAGUGAAAAAGAAACUGACUUAUCAGUUUAGUGUUGCUACCCUCUCUACUUUACAGAGCCAACAUGGUAUAAAGAAAGCAGCAUGUGGAUUGAAAUGAAAGCUCAGUGAUUGUCGCCAGUAUGUUGGGGUCAUUAUUUGUUACUCUCAUGAUAUCUUAGUUGCCUUGGUACCAGGAGGAGGGUAAAACUAGUUUCUAUUUUUUCUUGCUCGAUGAAGGUGAUGAACUGUGGUGUUUUGUAUAGCAGACUCUUAUCGAAAUGAUUUACUUUUCACUGUUCUUAGCAUAACUUGAUGCAUUUUUAAAAAAGUGUCUUUUGUAGCCAUGUUUAUAAAUAAAACAAAAUGUGUAUGCUUGUCAUAUAUAGUUAACCGUCUUCAUUAUAAUUUUCAUUUCAAGUUUCUGUAUCAGUUUUUCAGCUGGAACUUGAAAAGCGCUAAAACAAAUAAAGACGGACUAAAUAUCUCCUUCCUGCACUGCUCAUUAGUUCC